AUGUAUUUCUCUACAAGAUUAUGGUCUUGCAAGCGCGUCUGGGCACAAACCAAAGCCCCGCUUGGCCGAGCGCCACCAGGGGUUUGGUUUGUGCCCAGAGGGCUUGAUCAUCUCAAUUCUGAGGGGGGCGGGACUUGGCACAUAGCCAAGCCCCACUGGGCCGAUUUCAAGCCCUGGGCACAUAGGAUCAUUGACUCGUCAACCAAGACCCAGCUUGGACAACACACCACCACCACCACCAGAUUCACAGUGGCUGGCUUCCAAUCAAAGGAAAAACAUGAGUGGUUGAAAUGCAAGGCUCCUGUGUACCAGUCCCAAUCAUUGAGCAAAAUCCGCUUUUUGGGGUUGAAGAUUCUGAUGUUCUCCUCAAAGUACAUCCUUAAUCAAGCUGUGGUUUGA